UCUAUGUUUCUAGAUUAUUGAUGAUGCCGCAAAUGUUGAGAGCACUAGCAUAAAUCGCCGCGAGGAUAGUGAGGAAGAUGAUGAGAAUUAUUAUGAUCCUCUGGAGUCAGCAUCAGUGAAAGACAAAACGGGUAAUUCUGAAGACAAUGUUGGUGGUCCUGCAAAGUCUGUUCCUGCUUCAUCUACAACACAAGAAGUUGAUAUAGAUGAUGACAUGCUGGAAGCAGCCAAUGAAGCAGCGCGACAUGCUCUAGAAGAGGAGCAGCGACGAAGAGAGGAAGCGGAACUUGCUAUGGCGGAUGAAAUUAUGGAAGACUUUGAUAUGUACUGA